AGAUUACGAGGAGACUUCGAAGGCGGCACUAGCCUUGUCAUUGUGUUCAGUGGGUGACUUGACCCAUUUGUCUCCAGUGGUAACGUCAAUGUAACUCACCACAGAUAUAACUUUAUUAGCUAGCAUUGUGCGGCUGCCUGUACAAAUGUUGGACUUUUUCAGGCACCAACACUAAAAGCGUUGGAAGAACAGAUUUCUAGCUGCUCUGCUAGCUAGCUAGCUAGCUACAUCAGGAGGAGCACCAAAUGCACGACGCUGGUAGCAAAUGCUAACCUAGCUAGACACUGUUAGCAUCUUAGCAGCUGUUCCGUCCACUUGAAGGCAUCAUUGAGUCCUACGAUAGUCUAACGUUACAUACGGUCUAUUAUACCACAGAUAUCAGCAAAAUGACCUCAGCUUCCACUAAAGUUGGGGAGAUCUUCUCUGCAGCUGGAGCUGCCUUCACCAAACUAGGAGAGCUCACCAUGCAGCUUCACCCAGUGGCAGACUCCAGUCCUGCAGGCGGUCAGACCAAGAGCACGGUGAAGAGGAAGCUGUAUGAAGACGGAGCUACGCCCGCCGCCUCCGACGGCCCUAAAAAGGUCAUCAAGAAAACCGUUGCCACCGUUGCCGUGGCCACGCAGGGCACUCCCGGCGCCAUCGCCGUGCCUACAGCUCGGGGCGGCGUGGCGUCAGGACUGCAGGGCCCCGCCUCCACCCUGAAGAAACAGAAGACUGCAGACGUGACCCUCAGUGCUCUCAAUGACUCAGAUGUCAACAGUGAUCUGGUGGACAUGGAGGGACUGGGACAAGGAUCCAACUCCAAAAAACUCAACAACUUUGAUCAAGAUAACCUGAACCUGGACUCGAGCCUCAUCAUGAAUCCCAGUGAUCUGCCUCUGCUCUCCCGUUGACACCUUUGGACGCUCCAAAGCUCCCGUGGACUUGAAGUGACGGACGGAAGCUAUAAAAGCCGCACCCGAGUAGUGACAGACUGGACUUAUCCUAUGAGCCAGAAGACGGUGGCCACCCACGUCAGAGGAAAUCUAGUAGUAUCGAAUGUUGUGUCACGCAGGACUUCUGUUGGGAGAGUUGUUGGCACUAUCGGCAACGGGUUUGGAUCAUUUAAAAAAAAUACUGCAUUCAUUGUUAUUUUAGACCAUUUCCACUCCUCCUCAUCAACUCACGCUUUGAAGGAACUGACUUUAUGCAGCAAGGAAGCUGUCUGAACAUGAAUACUUCCUGUGUUGCUAAAGAAAAGCCACGAGCACGAUGCAGCAGAGAAACCUCGGCUGUGUCGCCAAGCCCCCCCCAUCCACAUGCACGUAUUGCUAAAGGACAGGCAUUGGAAAGCAUAUAUGUGUUUGAACAAUGUAAACAGUAAUAUUUGAUUGUGUUUCAUGUUCAAUUCAGUCUUGCUACAUGUUGCUAAUGGUUGUAUUAGCAAGUGCUAACACAAGUCUCUUGGGUAGGCAGUUUUUUUUGUUGGCGUCGUUGGGCAAAAACUCCUUCAUAACCUUUCAGCAUAUUGUAAUUCAAGUGAUUUGAGGCUACAUUGACAUUGCUACAUUUCGGUUUAAAAAUGAAUAUCUUUUGCUACGUUUCCCCGUCUCAUUUCCCACUGGUCUGGCGUUUCCGAGACCCUAAACCGGAGACAUUUGGAAACACUUCUGACCCCGUUUUGGUUUGGAAUCUACGGCGUUGUGUUUCCGUCUCAACGGAGGCAACCCCAACGCCAACGUUUCACCGCCUGAUUGGGGCUUAUCCAUCACGACGUCUUGUUCUCUGAAACUAAGCUACUAACGUUACCAUGGCAACUGCAAGCAAUUAGCGGUGUAUACAUGCUGCCUCCUGUUUACGCUCAGUAUUUGAGAAUGUUGAUGAGAUAUUUUGGUUUGGGCGUGUUAGUUUAAACGGAGAUUAGUUCUUCUACUGAGCUAAAAGCACUCGGAGGUACCGAGAUCACUUUUGGCUCAAAACUCUGCUUGAAAACCAAAACGUAGCAAUGUAAAUGUAGCCUGAAAGAAAACUAGACUUCUGCACCUCCUCUCGGCUCUGUUUUCAGGCUUUAGAACAUCUAGCCCGUGAUGGCAGACUUUGGCCAAUCAUAGAGAGAGAGAGAGAGAGAGAGAGAGAGAGAGAGAGAGAGAGAGAGAAUUCUUAUUGGCUGUUCCACACAUGCAUGUGCACAGGCCUGAUUUAACGGUGAAAAAUGCUGCAGAAAAAGGUUGCUAUUCCAACAUUGGCAACAACUGCCUACGCUGCAAAGCAACCCUAAAAAAGGAAGACAAACUCUUAAAGAGAAUCUGACAAUAAACGCAAUAAAACGCGUGUCACUGUUGCGAAGCUUUUUGGAGGUGGAGUGAUUGGGUCCAGUAUAUUUUCAAUGUGUUGUAUGAAUUGUCCAAUUCUGAGAUAUCAGAAGCUAUUUGAGUUUGAGUCAUUUUCAGCUAUAUGAGAAAGAUUAGAAGAAAAACAAAAUAACACCCUUACUAGAUGUCUUCUCAGCUUUCAGUCACAUCCCAACGUCUUCAUCAGCAGAGGAAGUUUGCCCAGAGAUUUUUUUUCUUCUGUCUGUGCUCAUAUGAAAGGAAUGCCAAAUAUUGCUUUUUUUUUUAAAAUAGUUUUGGAAAAUAGGCUUUUUCUUCUUUCUCAGAGUCUAAUAAGAAGAUCAAUGCCAAUCUCAUUUCUGUGCUUGGAUGUGCAAAGGCAGUUAGCCUAGCUUAGCAUAAAGACUGGGGGAAUCCGCUAGCCUGGGUCUGUCCAGCAUCCAUAAAUACACCUACCAACACCUGUAACGCUCACUGGUUAACAUGUCGUUUGUUCCUCUUCUCUGCUUCUCUGCCAUGUCUUAAAAUGUUAAGAACUGUUUACUGUACUUGAAGAAUAACCAUGUAUGCACCCAAUAACUAUAAUGUUUAUAAAUGCUUUUUGGAAAUACA